AUUGACACUUAGCUGAGUUCACAAUACAGCAGUGUUUUGACGAAUUUCGACUAAUUUUGGUCAUAAUUUAACUAAAAAACGUAAAUAAGUGUAUUAUUAAAUACGUAAAUAAGUGUAUUAUUAACAAUAUCAAAUAAUAAUUCGACUGAAAAUACGUAAGAACGUGGUUUAAAAAUGGAUUUAAAAGCCCGACCUUGUUUUCUAUGCAACAAAAAAGUUUACACGUUAAAAUUCACAAACGACAAAUUAAAAAUAUGUAGAAAAGUGCUGGCUGCAAGGAAGAAGUCAAAUUUGAAUUUCAAGGAUAUUGUUUUGCCAAAAAACUCUCAGUUAAACAUAGGUUAUCAUCAAAAAUGUUAUAACAGAUUUCAAAUCGUACAGAAACACAAUGAAAUUACUUCGUCCAUCAUUGAGGAAGAACAGGCACCUACAAGAAAAAUAUUACGGAGCACAUCAACCAUAAAAGACAAAAAACUACUAGAAAUUGCUCUACCAAACCAAGAAAUAAACAUGAUUGCCAGAAUCAAACAAAAAUUAGACCCUAUCGGUACUUGUCAGGUAGAAUUUCAAAUACCUAGUCAAUCGUACGAAGACGAAAUCGGUGAUAUCAAACCGGAUAUAUCUGAAGGGUCUAUUUUAAAAGCUAUAUUGACCAGAAAAAUGCCCGUUAGAAAAGUUAUGAUGACUAAUUUUGAAGCAUGUAUUUAGUAUUAAAUAUAUUUUGUUUCGUAUAUUAUAUAUUUUGGUCAAAGAAUCAGCAUUGCCAUUCAAUGUGGUUUUGUUAACAGUUGAUAGAAAUGUGGAUAAAUUAAAAAAUAUAUAUUUAGAAUAAUUUGAAUGUAUGUUUUUUUUGCAUUUUGUAAAUAUGUAUUGUAAACUGUGUAAAUUAAUAUUAAAACUGUCAUUUGUGUGCAGUAUUGUAUUUUGAAUGAAUAUCUAGAGAAUUUACUCCUGAAAAUAACACAGAAAAUAAAUAAUUUUUUGACUACUCACCAAA